AUGGGCGAGCACAGCGGCACCCACAUAUCAUCUCCGGCGACGUUUCGUGCCGGCGCUGCGGGACCACACGAUUUGCAACCAGAGCAGCUCGUCGUGCCUGCGGCUGUGGUUGACGUGAGCGUCCGAGCCAGCGAGGAUCCGGACUACGUACUGGAUAGACGCGAUAUCGAAUCUUGGGAGCAGGAGUGGGGCCGGAUUCCUCAGGGAGCGUUGGUAUUGCUGCGCACCGGAUGGCAUCGAUAUUGGGACGAACCCCACCGGUUCAUCAACGUUGACUCUUCCGGAGUUAUGCACACACCGGGGUUCGCCCCGAACGCGGCGCGGGAUUUGCUGCUGGAACGGGGUGCGUCCGGGUUGGGAACCGAUGCGCCGGGAGUUGACGCCGGGGUUGACACCAGUUUUGAGGUCAGCAGGCUGGUCCUGGAACAACACCGUUUGGUGUUGGAAUGCCUGAACAAUCUGGACCAACUGCCACCUGCCGGUUCCACGAUAGUAGUGGGGCGAUUGAGUCUGGUAGGCGGCAGCGGUUCCCCGGCUUCAGUGUUGGCUCUGACGCCCUGA